UGGUGGUGGUGGUGGUGUUGUUGGUGGGAGCUGUGUUUUCAUUACUGUAAUGUCCAAAGAAGCUCCAGAAUUAUGUAAGCGUGACGUACCGUCAUCCCCUCUGAGCACGCCGGCUGCCUUGCAGAAACGUGCCUGUUUGUUUUCCUUUUAUCCUCCCUCACCCGCGCGGAAAAACCAAAAGGACAUCUGACAGUCUCAGCUUUCGGGGGUGAAAGGACUUGUAGUACUCACGCCAUGUGGACCUUUCUGUGCUUCGUGCCGCGCCUGACCCGCGAUGAUGCCGAUGCCUAGCAGUGGUCCCGUUCUUGACGAUGGAGAAGCAAGCGGGGAUGUUGUGACUGAGCCUGGAUGUGAGUGACACAGUGUGUAGCAGCGGGAAUAUUGGUGUGUCCGAGGAGCGGUAGAAGAUGAAGUUCAAGAAGUUCAUCACCAUCAUGCAGGCUGCCAUGGGGAUUGUACCUCUCAACAAGCGAGAACUUCUCCCUCCUGGCAGGAAACUGUGGAGACCCCCGGGGGACCAGCCGGGCCUAGACCAGACCAGCACUGACCUGAUCAAGUGUGGCCGCAGAUUCUGCUGGUCCAGAGAAGCCCAGUACCUGUACCUCCGUCGCCUUUCUUCACGAAGCUUCUCGGCUAUUAUGAUGAAUCCAGUCAUGGAGGAGACGGUGUGGGAGCAGUACACAGUGACCCUGCAGAGGGAUCCUAAGAUGGGCUUUGGUAUCGCCGUGUCAGGAGGGCGGGACAAUCCCAACGAGGACAGUGGUGAGACAUCUAUCAUGGUGUCCGAUGUCCUGCAGGGCGGACCAGCUGACGGAUUGUUGUUUGAAAAUGACAGAGUGGUGCAGGUGAAUGCGAUCCCCAUGGAAGGAGUUAUUCAUUCGUUUGCCGUUCAGACCCUCAGGAAAUGUGGAAAAGUUGCAAAGAUUACAGUCAAGAGGCCCAGAAAAGUCCCAGUGAAUCUUCUGAACAGACCCGCAUCUCCUGAUGACCGGGUCUUCAACAAUGACUACAAUGAUGACUACAACUAUGACCAAGACAGGCGCAGCGUGUACAGUGGUGGACGGGAGCACAGCCUGGAGAGGGAGCGUGGAGGGGGCGGCUACAUGGAUUCUGGCUACCAAACAAGGGAACGCGAUUAUGACAGAGAUUAUGACCAGCGGGAAAGAGGAAGGAGCAGGGAGAGGGACUUGAGCCCAGACCGAGACUACAGGAGGGACGGCAGCAGGGGCCGAACUUUGGACCGGGAGCACAGCCCAGAGCAUCACAGGAGCAAUAAUGCCUUGGACCGCGACUACAGCCCAGAUCGCCGGUAUCGCCGCGAUCACGUGCCGGACCGCAGUCCAGAUAGGCGUUACAGAAGUGAGCGUACCCUGAACCGAGAGUACAGCCCUGACAGGCGAUACCGAAGCGAGCGAGCCUUGGACCGAGCCAACAGCCCAGACCUGAGAUACAGACGUGACAGCCACAGUCCAGGACGCAGUCACGGCAGAGACCACAGCUUUGAAAGAGGACGAGAACAUGAAGCAAGGAAGUAUGAUGAACCCAUCAAACGCAGCGGCAGCAGGGAUCGCCUGGACUACUCGCCUACUCCUGCUGACAUGCCCAUUCCACUGCCACGACCGGCCCGUGAUCUGGAGCCGCUCGAAAAACCUUUAAAUGUACUGCUUCUUAAAAACAGGCCUAAUGAAGAGUAUGGCCUUCGUCUGGGGAGCCAGCUCUUCAUUAAGGAGAUGACCAGCACCGGACUGGCCAGCAGAGACGGAAACCUGCAGGAGGGUGACAUUAUACUCAAGAUAAACGGAACAGUGACUGAGAACUUGUCCCUCAGUGAUGCUGGGAAACUGAUUGAAAAGUCCCGAGGAAAACUGCAGUUGGUGGUGCAGAGAGACAGGCGGCAGGUUCUCAUACGAGUCCCUCCGAUGGUGGACAGUGACUCGGAGCUUGAUGACAUCUCGGAGAUUGAGUCUUACCGCUCCUACUCGCCCCAGGAUGACCGGAGAGGGCAUCACUCCGACCUCUCCUCCCACUCCUCCAAUGAGAGGCUCAGAGAGAAACCCAGAAGAGAGGAUGCACCUAACAGGUUGGCUAAGAUGGGGGCCCUUCCAACUCCCUUCAGAGGCGCAGACAGAGCAGAAGAGACGCGACCACCACAGCCGGAGAGAGAAGAGCCACGACCAGAAACACCCCCCGCCGUUGCUGUGGCUCCAAAGGUCCACGCCCCUCCCAAAGUUCCUCUGAAGCCCAGUCUGGAGGACCAGGAAGUGUAUGGGCCAAACACAGUGAUGGUUCGAUUCCAGAAAGGCGACAGUGUGGGCAUGAGGCUGGCUGGAGGAAAUGAUGUCGGCAUCUUCAUUGCUGGCGUUCAGGAAGACAGCGCCGCUGAGCAGGAGGGUCUCCGCACCGGAGAUCAAAUCAUGAAAGUGAACAACAUGGAUUUCAGAGGGAUGGUCCGAGAAGAUGCCGUGCUCUACCUGCUGGAGAUUCCCAAAGGAGAAGACGUGACCAUCCUGGCUCAGAGCAAACCUGAAGUCUAUCAAGACAUUUUGGAGUCCGGCAGAGGCGACAACUUCUUCAUCAGGACCCAUUUCGAGUACGAGAAGGAAGCCCCGCAGAGCCUUCCCUUCACCAGAGGAGAGAUCUUCAAGGUCACUGACACCCUCUACGAUGGGAAGCUCGGCAACUGGUUAGCAAUCCGAACUGACAGAAGCAACCAGUUGUUGGAAAAAGGAAUCAUCCCAAACAAGAGCAGAGCAGAACAAAUGGCCAACGUCCAGAACGCUGCUCGGGCGGCUUCAGGUAACGACAGAGGAGACUUCUGGAGGCUGCGAGGUCAAAGGGCAGCCAAGAAGAAAGAUCUCCGCAAGAGUCGCGAGGACCUGAGCGCCGCUCCAGUCACCACCAGAUUCCCAGCGUACGAGCGAGUGGUUCUACGUGAAGCCGGUUUCAAGAGACCUGUCGUCAUUUUUGGGCCAAUUUCUGAUGCGGUGAAUGAAAAGCUGGCCAGCGAUCUGCCUGGCGAGUUUGUGAUCGCCAAAACGGAACCCAAGGACGCAGGAAGUGAGAAGUCGUCUGGAGUGGUAAGACUGAACACCAUACGGCAGAUCAUCGAACAGGACACCCACGCUCUGCUGGACGUCACCCCCAAAGCUGUGGACACCCUCAAUUACACCCAGUGGUAUCCCAUCGUCAUCUUCCUCAACCCGGACUCCAAACAGGGAGUGAAGACCAUGAGGAACCGCCUGAUCCCAGGUUCCAACCGCAGCGCCCGCAAACUCUACGAGCAGGCCGUCAAACUGCGGAAGACCUGCUCGCACCUUUUCACCGCUACUAUCGACCUGAACUCGGCCAAUGACGGUUGGUACGGCAGCGUGAAGGACUCGAUUCGGGAGCAGCAGGAGCGAGCGGUGUGGGUGUGCGAGGGCAAGCUGGACGGCUCCGAGGAGGACUUGGAUCUGCACGACGACCGCAUGUCCUACCUGUCUGCCAUGAGCGCUGACUACCUGAGCAUGGACAGCCGCCUGACCAGCGACUACGAUGACACAGCCGACGAGGGCGGGGCUUACACGGACAACGAGCUGGACGAGACUCUGGACGAGAUGCAGCCGGUGUCAGCCAUCAGUCGCUCAUCAGAACCAGUGCUGCCCGACGAGCGGCACCACCCUCUCCCCCGGACCCGUAUGAGGAGGUCAGGCAGCCGAGAGCAGCUGAACCGAGAGCCUAGUCCCCCCCCCACGUUUGUCCCCGAACCCCCCAAGGUGCGGACUCAAGCGCGGACCGACUCCUCGCGCAGCUACGACUCCCACUCCAGCAGCACCAUCAGCAGCAUAGAUGCAGUGGCGGGGAGCAAGCCGCUGCCCCCGCCAGUGGCCAUGAAGCCCAACAUGAGGACUCUGAGCCAGCCCUCAGAGGAGCACAGCACCAACGAGGAGGACGACCCUGCCAACAAGUCCUUCCUGGGCAAGAUUAAAGCCUUUGAGAAGAUGGACCACUUGGCCCGGGCCCAGCGUCUCCUGGAGCUGCAGGAAGCUGAAAAUGCCAGGUUGGAAAUCGCCCAAAAGCAUCCAGACAUCUAUGCCGUCCCGGUCAAAAUGCAAAAACCCAACCUGAACCGUCCUCAGCCAAUCGGUUCCAGCGCCAAUCCAGAACCGCAGGCCCCGUCCCGACAGCAGUACUCAGAUGCCCGAGGACACGAAGACGAGGAGGCAGAGUACCGUCGGCAGCUACAGGACCAGAACAAACGGGGCUACUACAACCCUCAGAAGUACAAGGACACGGAGUUGUAGCCAGUUGAGACAAGUGAUGUCAUCACGACAGGAGGACCGCAUGGGUUGCCAUGGUAGCGCCAUCUGUAGCUUCACCUUUCUGGAUCUUCUCACUUUGUGAUGAACUAGACUCGUGAGUGCAGGGUUUUCUGUUAUGUUACAGCGAACACAGGUUAUGCUUGACCUGGUCAGUCUCACCGCUACCCGAGUGCAGCAGAAAUCAAAAUCCACUUUUGUUAAAGAAAAAUGUGAUUUUUUUUUUUUUUUUGUUUCUUGUUUUGCUUUUCAGUAAAAAUUUUAAAUAUUGUCCUGAUUUUUGUUACUAUUAUUCGAGAUUUGUUGCAAAAGCACGUCCUUUGCAACAAUGACAUUUUUUAUAAACUGCACUGUGAGGAAUAUUCAAAAUGUGAUGACUUUUAUAUCCAGUCUUCAAAUGUCUCCAACCACUUUGUGACAAUCAGUCUGUUUUUAUAUGAAACGCUCACUUGGAUCUCAGCCGGCAAUCGGAGUGAUUUUUGAAACUGUUUGUGAUUCUCCUCUUUUUUUUUUUUUUAUCUCCUGAGAACCCUCUCUGGAAUUCCAAUAAAUCCGUUUUGCAAGGUUUUCUCUUUUAA